GCACAUCGCAUAUUCAUAUUUGGUGGUAAGAAAUGGAUCCCCGGAAAGCGGCUCCUGGAUAUACGGGCGAGGAACACCCUGAAAUCGUAGACAUCCGGGCAAUGCCACCUCAACCCAAGGAGCUAAAACCUGGCCAGGUCCCCGAAAAUCUUAUCAAGCAGUACUUCGAAGAGGGUUAUUUUCAACUGGAUAAAUUCUUUGAUCCGUCUACGGAGCUUGAUCCUUGCCGGAAAGCUAUCAAUGAACUGGUGGACGAGUUGGCUCAGAAACUAUACAAGGGCGGCAAAAUCAAAAAUUUGCAUGAAGAUUGUGGGGUCUUCGAAAGACUUACCAAGCUGGACGAAGAAUUUCCAGGUGCCAAUGUAUUACUUCACAAGACUGGAAAACUUCCAGAGGCUUUCAUGAAAAUUUGGGGUAACGAGAGGUUACUGAAUCUGAUGGAGCAGAUUCUCGGACCGGACAUAGCUGGAAUGCCAGACUGGAGUCUUCGAUGUAAGAUACCUACAACCGAAGCCGCUACGGUACCAUGGCACCAAGAUUUAGGCUACCAGAGUGUCGAUGCUUAUCAGACUCUUGUUGUGACAGUGUGGAUUCCAUUUGUUGAUGCUAAUGAACAAAACGGUUGCAUGCAGAUUCUUCCACGAGGCCAUUUGAAAGGCAAAGUUGGACGCCAUUAUAGUUGUGUUGGUGACACUUGGUAUGUUAAUUUACCGGAAGAGGAAAUGAAAAAUAAUCUCGGUGUUGACGUCAAAAACGCAAAAAUCUGUCCUGUUCCUUACGGUGGAAUACUAGUCUUCAGUAACUUCCUGUCACAUCGAAGUCUCGAAAAUUAUUCCAACGGAAUCCGAUGGAGCGUUGAUUUCCGAUUUAAGAAAACAGGUCUCCCGAAUGGCAUGCAUGGUCUGAAGGAUGAUGUCAUACUUCGCUCAUCCAAGGACCCGGAUAUGAAAAUUGACUGGAGCAUGUUUAAUUCAGUGGAAAGACUAAAACUUUUGCGCAACAAGGAUGGCAGCAUUGUAGACAGGAAGGAUGAUGAAUUCGACACCAUUAUUUCUGGUCCCUGGAUUCGGAAGUGGGAACUUGUCCAUUCGAACAAACAUACGGACCAAGCUUGGAAAGAAUACAUGUAGUUCAUGAAAAAAGACAAAAUUUCGACUGGAUUGAAUAUGGAAAUUAAAAGUAGUAAACACA